CUGAGGUCAUUCCUUUGGCUGCUACCAUGAAUUCAUACCACGAACUGCUACCGCCAGAUCAUAGUUCUACUAUUGCUGAAUAUAGAUGGCUUAGAUUGUAUAUGCGUAACGUCAUAUGCUAUCUUCUUGAAAACUUUUGGCACUGAUAAAGGUAAAAAUCUGCUGCUAACCUCACGGCGCACCCAUUGAUAUACGUUAAGUAAUUUCCCUCGCUGAAAUGAUUUGAGGGAAUUUGUAUGAGUUGGGAAAUUUUAUGGUUGAUAUUUGGGUAUGGUGUACGUGAGUCAAAGUAGGCUUGGUACGGUACUGUGAAUUUCAGAUUGUGUAUCGUAGUUUUGUUACGAAGUACAUGCAGUGAGUUGUGUGUUUAGAUUAGCUGACGAGGCAGGACAAAUAGGAGAGUUUGUGUACGCAAUAUGCGCAGCAGUUCCUGUCUGAAAAUAUGUUAAACUUCUAUGCGUCACAAAGAGUAAAGGGGAGUGAGGAAAGGGAUGUAGUUGAUGUAUCUGAUAUAGUCUGCUAAGUUAGUUUCCCAAGAACUGUGUUGGUGGAAGUGUGUGAUAAUUAUUAUGGGCACAUGUCUGUGCAAAGAACAGCAGUCAGAGGCAGAUACUGUUGGUGCACACAAUGGAACGACUGUUAAUUCUAUCUCAGACCAUGUGCCAGUUAAUGACUGCAUGGACUGUUAUGUUGCUGCAUCAUCCAGUGGUUCAUGUCAGAAAAUUCCUUCGUCUUCUACUGUUGAUCGCCUGAUUUUGGACACUUUGAAUGUAAUAGGAACUUUAGUUGCGAAUGAACAAGAGCCUCCACCUGCCAUGUUGCAGUUACAUGUAAUUGCUGAUAAAGAAGAUGGUUGGAUCCAGGUUGUGAGUUCAAUGGUGAACGUUAUUCCAAUGAAUGAUCCGCUUGGACCAUCUGUGAUCACCUUGCUGCUUGAUGAUUGUCCUUUGCCAACAAAAGAAUCUGUUCUGAAGCUAUCGAGCACCUUCAAUCUGUCAGCCGAGAGUUCAGUGAGAGGAAAAUCAAACCCGACUCAUCAGCGAAAUAUCUGUGUGGUGCUUGGCUGCAUUGCGGAGAAGUUGGCUGGACCAAGCAGUAUUGCCAUCCUCACACAGGGAACCCUCAACUAUCUCAUCACAAAUCUUAAUGUAGAUAACCACCCGUUUGUCAUCCUGUUUUCUGUGAUCGCAUUAGAAAAGUUUGCGCAAACAAGUGAGAACAAAAUAACAAUUAAGAAGUAUUUGGAAGCUGAACUGAGAAAUCCUCUCAUGUGUUUGGAGAAGUGGGUAAAUUCGGAGCAUUACGUCAAGAGGCAGGUUGGCUUCUGUGCUCAGUGGUGCCUUGAUAAUUUAUUCCUAGUUGAAGGUCGCAAGUUUUCCUACGAAUGCGUCGAUACAUCUGGAAUCAACGUCAUGCUCAACACUAAGGAUGUCAGUGAAUACCUAAAAAUAUCUCCUAAUGGGUUAGAGGCGAGGUGUGAUACGUACUCUUUCGAAAGUGUCCGCUGCACAUUCCAGGUAGACUCUGGUGUGUGGUACUAUGAGACAUUAAUAAUUACACCUGGUGUGAUGCAGAUAGGGUGGGCAACCAAGGACAGCACAUUUCUGAACCACGUGAGUGUUCUGUUUCUCUCAAAUGAUCCCUACUUUUUUUGCAUCUUAUGACGUAAUUAGAUAUCUUAAAUUU